AAAACUUCCUUGUAUUUGUGCAACAGAAAAACUUAUUUUUUCUGCAAAGCGUUUGGUGCAUUAAAGAGUCAAAAUGCCGUUUUUACAGAUUAAUUUUAUAUUUCAAAUUCUAUCAUUAUUAGGAAACUUCUGCUCUGGUAUUCCAGAGGAAAAGGGUAUUAUUCUGGGAGUAAUCAACCCUUUUUCGAUCAGAGUUUUCAAAGAAAUUCCAAAGACGAGGACGAGCUCUUUUAGAAAUGCUUCCCUUGAAAUAAGACUAUCAAACCUACAUAUUUACAGUGUGGCAUCGAAUCCAAAGGAAGCUUCUGUCUUUGUAUCCAUAGUUAAUACUAUCUAUAUCUUUUCAAAUUUUUCUAUCUGGCGUAAGAAAGAUCGUCGGCAGUCAAUUUUGUUUAAAGGCAAAUCCGCUGCGUUUGGAGAGAUUGCAUUUGACUAUUUAUCAAAUAAUGUGUAUUGGUGCGACUCCUUACUAAAAUGGAUUGCUAUGAAACCAGCAAACAAUUUUAACAACACAAUUUAUAAAAUCAUAGUUCACAAGGAUUUAAAUCAACCUGAAGGACUGUCAAUUGAUCCGGAAAACAGACUAAUGUUCUUUUCUGACAAUGGUCCAAAUCCCAGAAUCGAAAAGGCCUCCCUUGACGGAGAGGACAGAGUGACCAUAGUAUACAAAGGACUGUCUAGAGUUCUAUCACUUACAGUAGACACUGCAAAUAAAAAACUCUAUUGGGCCGAUGUUCAGAGACAUACAAUAGAGGGCAGUAGUUACGACGGAUCCAACAGAAGAGUAAUAAGACGCAUGAACCUUUGGUCUUUGACAAGUGUGGCCUACCAUCAGAAUUUGCUGCAUGCAGUGAGUCUUGAACCAGGGAGAAUGUUCGCACUUGAUAUAACGUCAGGCUUUAUGCGUUACUCAAGGAUAUUAGAGCCAACACAACCUACUUCAAUCACUGUGUAUGAUACUAAACCCGAAGUUUCAUUUUACAAUCCUUGUUCAACCUUAAAUUGUCAUCACCUGUGUAUCAACACAGAGUCUGAGCCUCGAUGUCUGUGUUUCGAGGGUUUCGAUCUCGAUAAAAAUGGCAAAACCUGUACAGAGGCAUCCCCCUUUUUUAGGAGGGGGUUUAUUGUAAACAAUGCCACAAUGUUUGCUAUGCAUGAGAUACACUCCGCUAACGGACAAUUGAGUAAAUAUGUGUAUGUGCAUAUUCCUAGCAGUGUCAUUGAGACAUUGACUGUUGACGCAAAGUUAGACAUCAUUUACUUUGUGGACAGUAGAAACAAUGUUCUUAAGAAACACGACAUCAAAUCCCGACAAAAUAGUGUUUUAACAUCAGUUUUUUCUGCAAAAGACUUGAAUUUUGACUGGAUAGCAAAUCUUCUCGUCUGGAUUGAACCUGAACGGUCAAGUUUACAGUCUUUCUCAGUAAAUUCUCAGAUCACAAAUACCUUAUACGCCAACCUGCAAAACCCCGCUUCUCUAACCGUAGAUCCCUACAAUGGAUUUCUCUACUGGAUCUCUGGAAAAUCUGAAAGAUGUAUAGUCCGUGGAUCGUGGCUCAGAGAUGUACCAAACGUUAUGAUAUCCGUAGACUCCCUUGAAGACCCAGUUUUUUUAAAGUAUGACGUAGAGAGUAACAGACUCUAUUGGCUAGAUCGCAAAAUUCUCAAAAGUUCAACAACAACCGGCUCAGAUAUCAAAACCCAUGUCAUAACAAAUGGAGCGACAAAAAUAGUUGUAUAUAAGGAUCGUUUUGGAUGGAUAUACGGAGAACGACUUUUCUUUUCAAGAAGAAAUGGCAUCAUUGAAAAAUAUGUAAAAACAAUAAAAAAAGCAAGAGAUGUAACUGUGUUUGAUGCAUCUCUACAAAACGAUAGACAAGGUACCUGUAAUAUAUUAAAUGGAGGAUGUGGAGAAAUAUGUAUUCCAAGGAAAAAUGGUCGUAUAUGUAAAUGCGAUGUUGGCUUAAAACUUCAAGCCGACCAGAGCUGUUACAGCGAUGUGCUUGCGUCAAACUUCAUUGCAGUAACAGAUAAUUCCCAUGGGAGAAUACUACAAAUUGAUCUCCUGACUGGACGUGUUGUAAAAUUACCUCUUUCAAUUAAAAAACCGACAGGACUAGCCCUGGACAAAUCAACAAUGACGCUUUUCUAUUCAGAUGUCACAGAAAAAGCAAUAAUAUCAACAACAUUACAAGGAAAAAAUAAAAAGUUAUUAUACGCUCCAGGUUUUUCGUAUGCCCUCUGUUUAGCAAUUGACUACUCGACGGGCAAUCUCUACUAUACGGCUGUAGGAGAUACUACAUAUGAGAGAUACAUUGGUGUGGUUCACAGAGCCACAUUAAUCCACAAAACCCUGUUGAACAACCUAGAUCAACCAAGAGAUAUUGCUCUUUAUUCCUCAAAAGGAUAUAUCUUUUGGACAGAAACUGGAAACAGGACUACAAUUGGUAGAACACAUAUGGAUGGAACAUCCAAACAUUACAUCGCAACAACAGGAAUUGAUUCACCUAAUAGCCUAACUAUUGAUUUUUCAUCAAGUCGCUUGUAUUGGACGGAUGGACGUAAAAACAGGAUUGAAUCCUCUAAUUUCGAUGGGGGGAAUCGCCAUGUCCUCGCCAUUGAUUCUAAUGCUUUCAUAAAUGAUAUUGUGGUCUAUGGACAGUUUCUUUUCUACACGGCAUGGCAACGAGCACGUAUUACUAAAAUGGAUAAAUUAACGGGGUCUAAGGUGAACUUCAUGACAGAUCAUCCAGAGUUUGGACGACUUGAUAGCUUAGAUAUCUAUGCAGAUGAAAUUCGAGACAUAAGUUCAAGCUGUUCUAUCAAAAAUGGAUUAUGCAGUACGUUCUGUUUUCCGACUCCAACUGGAAGAACAUGUGGUUGCCAAGACAACGUUAAUCUUCUAUCGGAUCAGUUAACAUGUGAAGAAGUGGUUCAGUGUAAAACUGUGCAGCAGAAUCUAAGUUUCAUUGAUUGCAUCGCCUAUCCUGGACAGUCUUGUGACUUCAAGUGUAAAGCCGGAUUUCAGCUUGCUACAAAUACCACUGUUUUAUGUGGCCCUGCUGGGCAAUGGAUACCAUCACUUGACAUACUCUGUGAAGAGGAAAGAAAAACGGAAAUAACGUACAUGUAUCUAUACGCCGGAGCAUCCACAUUAGGUGCCUUUGUUGUUAUCAUGGGAAUAAUUGGAAUGGUCUGCUUGGUCAAGAAACAAAACAGCUCUCGAAGAUCACAUCACCCAACGUCAGCAAAUACAAUAAACAACCAGUACAUAUCUUACGAUAGCCAAGGAUAUUUGUAUUUAGGAACUAAGAAUCACUAUCAUUCCAUCGUAUCUGUGUAUAACAUAAUUCAUGAUGAAGAUCUAGAUGACGAGUCUGUGACAAACCCAUACCUUACCCCAAUAUAUGAAGCAUGAGUGCAUUUGAAGAACUGUAGCAGUUACAGGAGGCGAAUGGAAGGA